ACGGACCUAAGGGAAAGGACACUUCCUGUCUCGUACUUCCGCUUCCUGUUUCAGCUUAAAUUGAGUCAGGGCUCGGCGUUCUGGGUAGGAAGUUGUGGCGUUGCUCCAGUCACAAUGAUCGAGGUGGUUUGUAACGACCGUCUGGGGAAGAAAGUGCGCGUCAAGUGCAAGUAUCCACCGAAGGGUGAAAGCACCGAUGACACCAUCGGGGACUUGAAGAAACUGAUCGCAGCCCAGACUGGCACUCGUUGGAAUAAGAUAGUGCUGAAGAAGUGGUACACGAUUUUUAAGGACCACGUGUCUCUGGGAGACUAUGAAAUCCACGAUGGGAUGAACCUGGAGCUUUAUUACCAGUAGAGUUCAUUCCCCCCAACCCAUGCUUCUCUCCCAAUCCUGCCCUCCUCUCCCACCAUGAUCUGACACACUGUAUGAAUGCCUGUUUUUAACAAGUCAUGUGAAUAAAAAAAUUUGCGUGCUGCUUCA